UGCACGACCAUGAACGCAGAAGACAUAUGCAUGUCACUUUUCAAACACACCUGGGCAGCACUCUUCUUCGUUUUCGAUAUUCCCCAGCUCUGUUCGCCGAUCUGUCGCCGGUACGACAUGGUCUUCCACUGAUUACCUUCGCUUCUUGCACCACCUUAGCUCUCCGUCUCACGAGUCACCUCCCACGACAGCGACGAUCUCGAUGAUGAUACCCAGGAAGAAGCCACGUGGACCGUCGAAGAAGAGAAGUCCGACCAUACACCAAACCUAUAGCGCCUCAAGAAUUGGGUUCUUGGACCUUUCAGCAGAACUUCGCAAUCAGAUUUAUGAAUCCGCCCUCACUUUCGAUCUUUAUGGCGGCUGCAGGUGUACAUCACAGCUCAUCGCGACUUGCAAGCAGAUCAGCACCGAAGCUACCUCAUAUCUUUACGACAACACAGUCAUAAUCACAUUAGACUCUGCUAGCCAGCUUCGGGAUGACGAGGCAAUGCUGCAUAUUUUCGACGAAGUGAAGUAUAUUUUGCAACCACAAUGCAAAAUCAAGUGGCCACCACUUUUGCGCAAAUUCAGAAGCUUGAGCUUCAUGGCGGACAACAACGUGAAUAGCAUCAACGAGAUUGAAAUGGUUCUUCACUCGAUGUUCUCGUUCCUUGGAGGCAAAAACAGCCUUCGUAGGCUCAAGCUUGUUUUCCUCGCAGAUCCCAUGGGGUUCGACAUGCCGAGCAGAGAGCCGGACAUCUUCUCUAUACGCCUUCUUGACAAUCCUAAUCUUGACGUCGUGGUUUAUGGAGGCAGUAGGCCUCAAAGCCUCUGGACUGACAAAAUUACCGGCGUGGAUCGCAACGCAAGAAGCCGUCGUCACGCUUGCAGAUACAUUUACUCGCAACUGCAGAAAUUUAUUCCAUACACUCUCAAACAUGCAAGAAAACACUCAGAGAUAUGUGACCACAACCAAUUUCUCACCGAGUUCAAGUAUGGAUCACCAGGUAUCGUCCCGACCUGUAAAAUCUUCAAGAAAAUGAGCAAGACUUACCUUCAAUACAAUACCUAUGAGCUGCUGCGCUUUGGAAGCAUCCUCAGGGCCUGGUACAUGCAGUUCCAAUGGGUUGAAUGUGAAGGUGACGAUUAUUAUGGCUUUCUGGAGGAUCUUGAAUCGGUCGAAGACGACGAAGCCGACAUCCCCGGCAAAUGGUGGGAGAAAGCUCGUCUUGUGAUGCGUUGCGCCAUCGAGCUUGAGGUGAUGGUGAGAAAGGACGACGAAGCUGCCGCUGCUGCGGCUUCUGCUGCAUCGCCCACUGUCGCGACCUAGAGUGCAGAUACGAGGACGCUUUUGGCAUUAGGACUAGAUCCCGAGCAGGCCGCGUGUGAAUAGUUUUGUACGAUUGUCAUGUAUAGUAUAGGCAAAUAUUUCUAUGAAUGACAGCACGCCUGC